CAGCUUCUCACGCUGGAACCUAACUCCUAGGUACCUUGGCUACCAUACAAAAAUGUAGGAUACCUAGGUUCCCCCUAUGAGGGUGCUGAUUAAGUAUUGAACCUUUUCAGUUGAAUAUCUCCUGCUUAGCAUACUGCUUUGCUCCUGCAGGCUUACACGGUUGCGCUCGCAACAGCUUAUACAUAUAUUUGUUCUUUACAUUCCAGCACAGGAUACUCUCAUCGCCUCGGUCCAACACAGGUAGCUUAACCGAGGCUCGUAUUCAGCAUAAAUGACCCCCCAACUCAAUAAAAGACAAUCGACUAACUAAUCCAAACCAUCUACGGAGUUAUAAAAUGGCACAAUCAGUACUCACCACGGCAGAAGACGGCAUCACAACCAUCACCAUCAACCGCCCCACCGCCGCAACGCCGUCGACCCCCAACCGCCAAAGCCCUCUACAACGCCAUUCUCGGCUUCGACGCCGACCCGCCCAGAAAAUCUGCAUCCUAACCGGCGCAGGCGGGACCUUUUGCGCCGGCGCAGACCUCCACGCUGUCGCCGCAGCCGGAACCGGAUCCGGAUCCUCCCCGUCCACACUGAGCACCACCCAGGAGAACCUCCAACCUGUCCCUGUCUCGUCCAACACAGACGGUCAUGUCCAAUCUCUAGGGCCAAUGGGCCCUACGCGCCUGCACAUUUCAAAACCCCUCAUUGCAGCGAUAGCCGGCCACGCCGUCGCAGGCGGGCUGGAGCUCGCACUGCUGGCUGACCUGCGCAUCGUCGAGGAGGAUGCCGUUCUGGGUGUCUUCUGUCGGCGGUGGGGCGUCCCGCUUAUCGACGGCGGGACGGUGCGGUUGCAGGCGAUUGUGGGGUUGGGACGGGCGCUGGAUCUGAUACUCACGGGUAGGGGAGUUGGUGCGCGCGAGGCGCUGGGGAUGGGAUUGGGGCGGGCGGUAGAGGAGGCGAGGGUGUUGGCGAGGGAGUUGAUGCGGUUUCCGGAGCGGUGUCUGGAUGUUGAUCGGGGGAGCUGCUAUUAUAGUGCGUAUGCCGCGGGGUCGAUGGAGGAUGCGCUGCGGAGGGAAUUUGAGAUGGGGUCCAAGGUGUUGGCGACGGAGAGUGUGCGUGGGGCGGCGAGGUUUAGGGAUGGCGAGGGGAGGCAUGGGAGGUUUGAGAAGUUGUAGCGUAGCUCAUGUCUUCUAAGUUAUGUUGUUGUAUCCAAGCCAUCCUGCAGUGCAAUAAGACUCGUCCAAAUU